GCGAAGCAGAAACAGAUCAGACGGCAGGUCGGUCGGUCGGUCGGUCGGUCGGUGAGCAGAGCGCGAAGUACUGACCCGUUUCUCCUCCUUGUGGACUAACGUUACCGGGAAGUUUAUUUUUUAUUUUUUAAUUUAUUUAUUUAUUAUUAUUAUUUUUUUUUUGGGAAUUUUUUUACAUAAAUUCCAACAGCACGGAGAGAGAAGAAGGAGUCCGAAGAGACUGUCCACCAUGUCGGGGAGCAGGGAGGAGGAGAGGAGGAAACUGGCCGACAUCAUCAACCACUGGAACGCCAACCGGCUCGACCUGUUCGAGAUCAGCCGGCCCACAGAGGACUUGGAGUUCCAUGGCGUGAUGCGGUUCUACUUCCAGGACCGGGUCGCCGGUAACUUUGCCACCAAGUGCAUCCGAGUGUCCAGCACAGCGACAACGCAGGACGUCAUCGAGACGUUAGCCGAGAAGUUCAGACCAGACAUGAGGAUGCUCUCCUCGCCAAAAUACUCGCUGUACGAGGUCCACGUCAGUGGCGAAGAGCGCCAGCUGGACCUGGACGAGAAGCCUCUCGUUGUUCAGCUGAACUGGAACAAAGACGACAGAGAAGGACGCUUCGUCCUGAAGAACGAGAACGACAUCCUUCCCAAGAAGAGUCAGAGUAAUGGUCCAGAGAAGGAGAAGGACGGAGUGAUCCAGAACUUCAAGAGGACUUUGUCAAAGAAGGAGAAGAAGAAGGAAAAGAAGAGGGAGAAGGAGUUCGCCCGGAUCCCCGAUGGAGACGAACAGGCGAUCAGCCGCGAGGACGGGGAAAACAGUCGUCUGGCGGCGGAGGUUUACAAGGACAUGCCGGAGACGAGCUUUACCAGGACGAUCUCCAACCCAGAGGUGGUGAUGAAGAGGAGACGCCAGCAGAAACUAGAGAAACGCAUGCAGGAGUUCAUGAGCAGCGACGGGCGACCAGACUCAGGAGGCACUUUGCGGAUAUACGCUGACAGCCUGAAGCCGAACAUCCCGUAUAAGACCAUCCUGCUGUCCACGAGGGACACGGCUGACUUUGCCGUGGUGGAGGCGCUGGAGAAGUACGGGCUGGAGAAGGAGAACCCCAGAGAGUACUGCAUCGCCCGGACGGGUCUGACUCACGGGACAAACCAAAGCUGUACCGGCUUCAACACAGCAUCACUGAGGUCGGCUCAGACUGCACAGAGGACGGAGCCAUCCAGCUGCUAGGCCCGGGGAUUCUGCCCCACCACUGCAACCUCAUGCACAGUGAAGGUAUGGUGACUGUGACGCCGCACGGCCCCGACGCCGACACCUUUGUGGACGGGCAGCGGGUUACAGAGACAACGGUGCUGCGCUCGGGCUCCACCCUCCAGUUCGGUUCUGCACACGUCUUUAAGUUUGUGGACCCGAUGUUCGACCAGGGAGGGAAGAGGGAACCAGCCAUGAUAAGGAGCCGACACAAGUCCGGCAGUGUACCAGAAACCACCUUCGACCUUCACGGAGACGUCCACAGUGGAGCUGCGCUGCCUACCAGCAAGAGCUCGGGAAAGCUGGAGAUGGAGAGAGGCAUGGUCAAACCCAUGAUCAGAGGAGAGCAGCAGGACAGCAGGUCUCAGGACAUUUCAGCAGACAGACCAGAGUUGACUCUGCCAGCCGGCAUCGAGUUCAGAGACAACUCUGAAGACACCUUCCUGUCAGCCAUCAUCAACUACACCAACAGCUCCACGGUUCACUUCAAACUCUCUCCCACUUACGUCCUGUACAUGGCGUGCCGCUACGUCCUGUCGCCCUCUUACCGGCCCGACAUGUCGCCGUCUGAGAGAACGCACAAGGUUAUCGCCAUCGUCAACAAGAUGGUGAGCAUGAUGGAGGGAGUCAUCCAGGAGAUUCCUGAAGGGGAUCAGAAGCAGAAGAACAUUGCAGGAGCGCUCGCCUUCUGGAUGGCCAACGCCUCAGAGCUGCUCAACUUCAUCAAGCAGGACCGAGACCUGAAUCGCAUCACGCUGGACGCCCAGGACAUCCUCGCCCAUCUGGUUCAGAUGGCUUUCAAGUACCUGGUCCACUGUCUCCAGGCUGAUCUGAACAACUACAUGCCUGCCUUCCUGGACGACCCAGAGGAACAUAAUCCACAGAGACCCAAAAUCGAGGACGUCCUGCACACCCUGACGGGAGCGAUGUCGUUACUGCGGCGGUGUCGAGUCAACGCCGCCCUGACCAUCCAGCUCUUCUCCCAACUCUUCCACUUCAUCAACAUGUGGCUCUUCAACAAGCUGGUGACGGACACGGAUUCGGGGCUGUGCUGUCACUACUGGGGGGCCAUCCUCCGCCAGCAGCUCAGCCACAUCGAGGCCUGGGCGGAGAAACAGGGUCUGGAGCUCGCCGCAGACUGCCACCUCAGUCGGAUUGUACAGGCCACCACCCUUCUCACCAUGGACAAAUACUCCAUGCAGGAUGUGCAGAACAUCCACAACACCUGCUUUAAGCUCAACUCCCUGCAGCUCCACGCCCUCAUGACCAACUACCAUUGUGCUCCGGACGAGCCUUACAUCCCGCCUGAGCUGAUAGACCAUGUGGUGGCAGUGGCAGAAAACACAGCCGAUGAGCUGGCGAGGAGUGAUGGGAGAGAGGUUCAGCUGGAGGAGGAUCCAGACCUCCAGCUGCCCUUCCUCCUUCCCGAGGACGGCUACUCCUGCGAUGUGGUGCGCAGCCUCCCCAACGGCCUGCAGGACUUCCUGGAGCCGCUGCUGCAGAGAGGUUUUUGUAGGUUAGUACCCCACCCCCGUUCGCCUGGUACCUGGACCGUCCACUUUGAAGGAGCUGACUGUGACAGCCACUUCUCUGCUGCUGACAGUUCUGAGAUGGGUGCUGGUCAGGAGAAGCUGGGCAUCUACAUCAAGUCUGUUGUGAAAGGAGGAGCAGCUGAUGUGGACGGGCGUUUGGCUGCAGGUGACCAGCUGUUGAGCGUGGACGGCCGCAGUCUGGUCGGCCUAUCGCAAGAGAGGGCUGCAGAGCUGAUGACGAGGACGGGCUCAGUUGUGACUCUGGAGGUUGCAAAGCAGGGAGCCAUUUACCACGGACUGGCUACACUCCUCAACCAGCCCAGCCCCAUGAUGCCGAGAGCGUCGGACCGAGGCCGCGACAAGAACGGGAAGCUGCGACCAAAGAGCGAAGGCUUCGAGCUGUACAACAACUCCGUGCAGAACGGCUCUCCAGAGAGUCCGCAGGCCGGCUGGGAUUCUUACCCCGAACCAAAGAAGAUGAGCGGCGAAGAUCGACUCCUCAAGAACCGAGCUGACCACCGCUCCAGCCCCAACGUAGCCAAUCAGAGCCAGAGUCCUGCUGGCAAGGCGGUGUACCCCGGAGGACCUGGCACUAAGAUCACCUCCGUCUCCACCGGCAACCUGUGUGCAGACGACGAGCCCUCCCCUCCCCGUCCAGAGGCCUACCCCAUCCCCACCCAGACCUACCCCAGGGAGUACUUCACCAUCCCGGCCUCGAAAAGCCAGGAUCGGGUUGUCGGUCCUGGGCCGGGACCCUCGCAGCACUGGCAGGGAAUGGAGGACAGAGAACGCCUCCCUGUGGUCGACAACAUCCACAACAGCAUGCAGCGAGUUAACCACUCCCAGGAGGAGUUGUAUCCCCCUCCGGGAAGUCUGAGGCCAGACGAGCGGAUGCAGCAGCACUACCAGCAGGACUACCAGCACCGGGACCUGGACUACCAACACAGAGAUAUUGACUACCAGAGAGGUCCGCCAGGAGGAGGUCCUGACCACUGGGCCCCACAGCCGCAGGUGUCCUCCUCGUUGGAGUCGUCCACGUCCAGCCAGGAGCACCUCAACUUCUCCGCCUCCUCCUCCUCCUCCAACAAGACCCAGAACCAGAAGACCGGGCCGGGCCGAUGGAAGACACCCAACGCCCCUCACUCUGCGCCGCCACAUUCGGCCCAGACUCCAUCCCGCUCUGACCUGCCCCCUCCUCCGCCCCCACCGCCAGCCCCUUACCCCGACGCCUACGACGCCUACGACCCCCAACCCGACCUGCCGCUCCCACCGCCUCCCUCCACCGUCACUCCCGUGACGGCCCAGCAGGCUGCUGACCGCAAGAAACGCGAAGAACAGCAGCGUUGGUAUGAGAAGGAGAAAGCUCGGCUGGAGGAAGAGAGGGAGAGGAAGAGGAGAGAGCAGGAGAGGAAGCUGGGUCAGAUCCGGGCCAACCCCGUCAUGCCCGUCCAACCUCACAACAACGGAGGAUCCAUGCCUCCUCCUCACCACCAGCCCCCUCUGCCCUCUGUGGCCCCACCCCAGCCCUACCUCCCCCCGCAGCCUCAGCCCCAGCCUCCCCCAUCCAGACCGGAGAAACUAGCCAGCCUGCCGCGGUCAGCUGUUCCUCCGCCUGCCAGUGCCUCCAACCCUCCUGGAAUGGACACGGUGAUCAGGGAGCUGUUACCGCAGCAGCAGCCACGGACCAUCGAGAGGCGAGACCUGCAGUACAUUACCAUCAGUAAGGAGGACCUAACGUCCAGCGACAGUCUGUCUCCAGACCCCUGGAAACGAGACGCUCGCGAGAAGGCCGAGAAACAACAGCAGCUCCACAUCGUCGACCUGCUGGACAAAGAGAUCCAGGAGCUCCAGGCGAAGCCGGAGAGAACGGCGGAGGAGAGCGACCGCCUCAGGAAGCUGAUGCUGGAGUGGCAGUUCCAGAAACGACUGCAGGAGUCCAAGCAGAGCGACGAAGACGAGGAGGAGGAGGACGACGAGGACGUGGACACCAUGAUGAUCAUGCAGAGGCUGGAGGCCGAGAAGAGAGCCAGGUUGCAGGACGAGGAGCGACGGCGUAAGCAGCAGCUGGAGGAGAUUCGUAAGCGGGAGGCGGAGGAGAGGGCAAAGCAGGAGGAGGAGAGGAGGUGGAGGGAGGAGGAGAGAGCCAAACGAGAGGCCGAGGAGAAG